AUGCCGAUUUCAAGAAUCGCUAUCGGAUCUCCGGUGGAGGCCAGUCAACCGGAUGCCAUCAAGGCUGCCGUGGCUGAGUUCAUUUCAAUGUUGAUUUUUGUUUUUGCCGGUGAAGGCUCUGGCAUGGCUUUCGCUAAGCUUACAGACAAUGGAUCGACAACGCCGGCUGGCCUCCUUGCUGCAUCAAUAGCACAUGCUUUCGCACUUUUUGUAGCUGUUUCCGUCGGUGCCAACAUCUCCGGCGGCCACGUGAACCCUGCUGUCACCUUUGGUGCCUUUGUUGGUGGUCACAUCACAUUGUUUAGGAGCAUCCUAUACUGGAUUGCUCAAUUGCUUGGAUCUGUUGUUGCAUGCUUGCUUCUUAAGUUUGCCACUGGUGGACUCGAAACAUCAGCUUUUGCACUUUCAUCAGGAGUGACGGUUUGGAAUGCACUCGUUUUUGAGAUAGUGAUGACCUUUGGACUUGUUUACACAGUUUAUGCUACUGCAGUUGAUCCAAAGAAGGGUAAUUUAGGGAUAAUUGCCCCCAUUGCCAUUGGCUUCAUUGUGGGUGCCAACAUCUUAGCCGGUGGUGCCUUCGAUGGUGCUUCCAUGAACCCGGCCGUUUCUUUCGGCCCUGCUGUGGUCAGCUGGACAUGGGACAGCCACUGGGUCUACUGGCUCGGUCCAUUUGUCGGUGCCGGAAUUGCUGCUCUGGUCUAUGAAAUCUUGUUCAUUAACCAGAGCCAUGAGCAGCUCCCUACAAGUGCAGAAUACUAA